AUGUCGGCGAUAUGGCUUGAUGCCAUGCAGGAAUAUUGGUCCGAUAAGCAGUCCGGAGUUAUUCUGUCGACCUUUGCCGACUUCGGGGAUAUGAACGAGGAUCUAUGGCGACGCGUGGAUCUCGCGCACGCCUCUCGGAUAGACCGGUAUGGACCUGCAGAAAUCAACCGGUAUGAAGUUUGUGAUCUAGUAGACCGGUACGGACCUCCGGAAAUCCCAUUUGGACAGUCCCAAAUCACGGCAUUCCGCCUUGAGGCACGCGGCCUCGGUGUCGAUCUCGUAUCGGUCGAACAGAUUCGAGCGUGGGUGGAUGAACCUGCGGAGGUCGAAAUACCGCCGAAACCUGGAACCGCUGUCGUGGCACGAGUUGGCGAGACAAUGGUUUCUUCUUGUCUCGAUACCUUCAUCGGCUGGGUCAUCGGGGCGUUCAUGGUCGCUGUUCUGUUUAUUGGCGUCGAGAUCGGUUUCUUCCUCGGCAAGGCCUUCUUCAAAGUCUUCAUGUUUCUGCUUCUCAAGAUCAGUUAUAUCUUGUAUGUUUUGCUCACGUGA